AUGGGGAACCGUAGCUCAGCCACAAGAAAAGCUCUGCCCAUUGAUACCGCUUUCAAGCUUCCUUCUCCGUUACCAUCUUGGCCACAAGGUGAAGGCUUUGGGAAUGGAAUCAUUGAACUAGGAAGUGGAUUACAAGUCUGUCAGAUAUCAUCUCUCAACAAAAUAUGGGCCACAAAUGAAGGGGGACCUGAUAACCUUGGAGCUACCUUCUUUGAGCCAGCACAAUUGCCACAAGGUUUCUCUAUGCUGGGUUCCUACAGCCAGCCCAACAACAGUAAGCUACAUGGGUGGGUUCUUGCAGGGAAAGAUGAAACAGGCGAAGUCUUGAAGAACCCUAUAGAUUACACUCUUGUUUGGAGCAGUAAUUCUUUGAAAAUCAAGCAAGAUGGUGUUGGCUACAUUUGGCUACCUACUCCUCCUGAUGGUUACAAAGCUCUAGGCCAUGUAGUUACCAGCGCCGCUGAAAAACCUUCCCUUGAAAAAGUCCGUUGUGUUCGGUCUGAUCUCACUGACGAAUGUCAGAUCGACAAAUGGAUAUGGGGACAGGGUGAGGAAAGCGAUCCAAAUGGUUUCAAUGUUUCCAGCCUGCGUCCAAGCAACAGAGGAACACAAGCCAUGGGUGUCUCUGUUGGUACAUUUGUGGCCCAAAAUACUACCACUGCUCCUAUUUCUCUAGCAUGUUUGAAGAAUAUCGAGUCAAACUUAUCUUGUAUGCCUAAUCUAGAUCAAGUCCAAGCACUAUUCCAGGCUUACUCUCCUUGGAUAUAUUUCCAUCCUGAUGAAGAAUACCUUCCUUCCUCAGUAAGCUGGUAUUUUACCAAUGGGGCAUUACUCUAUAAGAAUGAUAAAGAUUCCAAACCUGUCUCGAUCGAAUCCACCGGCUCCAACCUUCCUCAAGGCGGUUCAAAUGAUGGCGCUUACUGGCUGGAUCUACCUGUGGAGGAAGCAGCCAAAGAAAGAGUAAAGAAAGGAGAUUUACAAGACUGCCAAGUCUAUUUACACAUAAAACCAAUGCUUGGCGCCACAUUUACUGAUAUAGUUAUCUGGGUAUUCUACCCUUUCAAUGGUCCUGCCAGGGCUAAAGUUGAUUUAAUCAAUGUUCCAUUGGGAAAAACAGGACAACAUAUCGGUGAUUGGGAGCAUAUCACCUUGAGGAUCAGUAAUUUCAGUGGAGAGCUAUGGAGCAUCUAUAUGUCAGCCCACAGUAGCGGGAAAUGGUACGACGCUUCCGAGCUUGAAUUUCAAAACGGAAACAAAGCUGUGACCUAUUCAUCGUUAAGCGGUCAUGCGAUGUAUGCCAAGGCAGGUCUAGUUUUACAAGGGGGUGGGAGCAUAGGAAUCAGGAAUGAUACUUCCAAAAGUGAAAAGUUGUUGGAUACUGGAGCAAGAUUCUCAGUGGUGUCAGCUGGGUAUGCGGGCACGGCUGUCGUUGAACCACCAUGGCUUAACUAUUUGAGGAAAUGGGGUCCAAAUAUUACUUACGAUAUUGCGGAAGAUGCCGAGAAGAUGGAGAACCUAUUGCCUGGAUCACUCAAGUCUGCUUUUGACAAGUUUGUGAAGGGUCUACCGAGAGAAAUAUUUGGGGAAGAAGGGCCUACUGGUCCCAAAUUGAAAAGAAAUUGGACCGGAGAUGAAGUUUGA